AUUUGAUUGGUUUAAAAAUGGCGUCAAAGAGUAGAACCGAUGCACAGGUCGGUACCUCCAGAGGGAUAGAGGCUGGAAACAACACAACAGAGGAACUGGAACAGAACACAGAGUCCAGCAGCCAUGUAGACAUGACAGAUAAGCUUGAGAAGGGUUCGUCUCUGCCGCUGACCUCGGAUUCCGCAGGUCGGAGCCGACUGGACGCAGAUGACGUCAGUACGUGCUCCAGCGCCUCCUCAACGACACAGACACCCCCUGCGGUCAGUAAGAAGUUCCCCGUCCGUCCAGGAAUCAACUUGAGGAAGGGAGAGAGACUCGAGGCCAUGGACUUCAGCUCCAAAUGGUACUCAGCUAAGAUUGUGGAGAUUGAUGAAGAGGAGAAGAUGGUGAUGAUUCACUUCGACGGCUGGAAUCAAAGAUAUGAUGAGUGGAUAGAAAUGGACUCCGAGAAACUCAGGCCAAAAACGAGACACUCAUCACGGAAAGGAAAGGCCAAACAAUCCGAAUAUAAACUGGGGGACCAUGUUUAUGCCAAGUGGACAGAUUGUAAAAUGUAUCCUGGGAAAGUCACAGCUGUUCUUGCUGAUGGAUCUUAUGAUAUUCUGUUUUAUGACGGCUUUAAGAAGACAGUUCAGGGAAUCAACAUCAAAGCAAUGCCUAAAGAGUUACAACAGCAGAAAAUAGAGAUUGUACAUGUUUUACCCAAAGAUGAGAGGAAAAGAUCGAUGGAGGAAGAAAUGGCCACUCUACCCAAGAAGAGGAGAAGUUCAUCUAUAUACUCAAGGAGGGAAGGCAGCUUGGAUAAAGUCCCCAGAGAUGUGGAGACAACAAGGAAGGUAACCGAGAGGACGAGAAGUACUGCGAGUGAUGACGGCAAACGGCGACCAAGUAAAGAACGCAGACAGAGGAAAGGGGAGAAGAAGUUAAUCAUUGCAGGAUCUCUGUUUAAGAAGCGAGAUCGAUCAACGUCCUCAGAGAGGUCUAAAACAGGGAGCUGUUCCAGUAAAGAUUUGACGACUGAUGAAACGAUGGACAGCACGGGGAGUGCAGUGGAACAACCGGAGGAUACAGGGGGCUUAAUGGAACAGCCGCCAUCAGAAGAGACUAGUGUUACACCUUCUGUAGAACAGGCAGAUGCAUCUGUUCCACCUACCACAGAUUCUGAAGACUCUUCAGUUACAAAAACCUCUACGGACACCACCCCAGUCCCCCAGCCUACUCCCAAUCUGCCGGCUCCACAAAGUGUAUCAGACCCCACCUCAGAGGGAACCCCACCCACAGGAACUCCUCUACCUGCCCCAGGCUCACCUGAAGCACCUGCUGGGGUACCUGUUCCAGCCUCAGCCCCCAGUACUCCAGCCCCGGGGUUGAUGUCUGCCCCCAGUACACCUAUGGCCACCCCUCUCUCCUCCAUGCCUCCUUCUCCAGCUAGCACUCUGUCUGCAGUGUCAUCCUCCCCAUCAACUCCAAAACAGUCUCCAGGUAUGAAGACAGACAGCACACAUACAGCAGGAGCUGGACCAUCUCUUGAAAUCCCUACUCCAGUUCUCCCAUCCAAAGGCAAAAGUAAGCAUAGAAAGAACAGAAAAAGUCGUAAACAGACAUUUUCUCCGAUCACUCAGUCAGGAGAGAGUUUAGCAAGAAAGAGAAGUAAAUCAACAGAAAAGGGAGAGAAAUCGGACCAGCCUCAUUCCUCACGGAAACGAAGCAGGUCCACUAACGAGAGAGCCAACUACAUUUUGGUUCCUGAGACUGCUCUUCCACCAAAAGCCUUCGUCAUUGAGCCAGAACACAACCAUUUUAAGUGUACGUUUGAGGACUGUAAUAAGGGAUUCCGUAAGGAGACUCUGCUGGAAUCUCACAUCAAGUUCUACCACUCUAAUGACGGCAAGCCUCCGCAAAACCCACCCAGGAAACGACGGAAAACAACCAGUAUUUGUUCUACAGACUCGGACAUUUCCGUCACCCCCCGACAGCGGUACCCCUCCAGUGGCUCCCUCUGUAGACCCAGCACCUCAUACGAGGGCACCACCGAAGUGGCAGGUGCAGACCCACUCAAUAUGGAGAAUCAGCUCCUAUCUGAAGGAUUAAAGUCUGGAGAGAGAGCCCGUUCUAUGAGUCAGGAUGUGAUGAUAGCCGAGGAAUCCAUGGAAACAGAAUACGAGGACACACUCAGUAAAGAUGAAGUGGUCAACUGUAUCUGUCGAUUUAACGAAGAAAACGGACUCAUGAUUCAGUGUGAUGUUUGCCUCUGCUGGCAGCAUGCAGCCUGUUUUGAAAUUACUGAGAGUACACUUCCCAAAAAGUACAUCUGUUACGUGUGUGAAAAUCCUCCAGGAAUCCGAGACAGCCGGCUUUAUGUCCAUGACCAGGAUUGGCUGAAGCUGGGUCACAUGGCCCACUUUGGAUUUUUACCCAAUCAGGAAGAAGAUGAGAGUUGCUGCAGGACAGUUCAAGCCACCCAUGGCCUUGUGGGUGACCUUCACAAUGUGUCAGCAGUGAUUCAUGGCCUGAAGCAGAAACUCAAGACUGUCAGAAAGAAAGACCACAGAGAUCCCAUGCUACAGAUGUGGUUACAGAAUCUAGACAAUGUCCAGUUUGACCCUAUAGAGCCUGAUGUAGAUAGUGAGAGUGAGGAGAUAAGCCUGGACAUCUCUACAGAUCAGAAUAAAAAGACUGAGGUCCAGGACCUGAACUCUGAAUUAGAAUCAGGAACUCCCCAGAAACCUCAGAUAGAGGUCAGUGAAAGUGAUUGUGGUAGUGAGACAGUGAAUACAGACAAAGAGCAGCAAGUCAAUACAGAUCUGCAGGAAACUUCUGACAAAAAGGAAGGACUUGAGAGUGCUACAAAUAAAACUGUUGAGAACCUUUCACAGUCCAAAGAAGGUACAAAAACAGAAAAUAGUGGUCCAGAUGAAAGCAUUAAAAGUUCAAACCAAGGACUAAUGUCUAAAGAAGAAGAUGCUUCUGAGAAACAGAAGAACGCUCAAGAGAAACCUGAAAGCUCUAAACCAGUCAGUGAGAGUGAUUCAGCGAGUAUAGUUACACCAAACACUGACAAGGCCGAAGUAAAGGCUAGUAGCUCAAACACUGGUAAUGGUGAAGUCUCCACAGCAGAGAGUGGGCAGGGAAAGAAAACUCAGAUGGAACAAUCAAAUCACACAACAACUCCUUCAGAACAGUCUCAAUCAGGCCAAGCCAAAUCUAGCGUAGAACUACCACUGGAUCAGUCUGUAGGGUCAGAGGUCAAAGUGGAGGAUGUGUGUGACCUUUUGAACUCUGUGGAUGUGGUGAAGGAAGAUCCGUUCAAACUCUGUGAGAGGAAUCUAUUGGAGCACAUUCUCCGAGUCCAGACAGAAAUCGAGCAGAGACUGGAUCACAUCGAGGAGCAAGUCUGUGCCCUCGAGGCGGCAGAUUCCAACUUUUCCUCGGGUCCCUCUGAUAGGGACCUGCUGUCUGAUGUCCCGGCCCUUAAAAAGACAUUAUACCUAUUACAGCACGACCUAGUGCGGGUCCAGAGAAUGGCAGCCUACCACAGAUAGCACACAUCACCAUGAAAGUGUCCAACAAACAACAGCCUACCAUAGAAAGCACACUGUCACCGUGUGUAAACAGAUGGUCUUAUUGUACAGAAAGAACACUGUGUCCGAGUGUGAGUCCAGCAAUUGUGGCCUCAUACAAAUAGAACACAGUCUGAGUUACUCUGUGCCACUUGUUCCAUGAAUCAAUUUUUGAUGCAAAAUUUCCAUACAGAAGAUAACAUAUACAUGAUUGUAUAUUCUGAAGGAAAAAAUGGUGAAGUUCUGGGAUGGUUGUGUCCAGAAAUUAACCAUAAAAUGCUUAAUCUGAUACAGGAAAUAUUUCACAAAUUGGACAUUCCUGUACAAUUUUUUCUCCAUAAGAGAAUCAAUAAGACAGUUUCCCUUUUCAAUAUGAAAGAUUUUUAAUAGAAUAAAAAUUAAAAGUCAGAAAUGUCUACGUGUCUUGCAAGACUUAUCAUUGACCAUUUUAAAAUGCCGGAAAAAGUGUUGUGUACAGAUAAAACAUCGAAAACAUAUUUUUUCUUACUGUCAUCCUUGAAUAGUUUAAUCUAGGUUGUAACCUGCCAACUGAUUUGAUAAAUUCUUUUUUCCUGACAAUGUGCAUUGAUUUACAAUAAAAGGUACAAGCCACUUUAUGUCACAUGUAAAACUUGUGAAGAAAUAAGAUAUCAUUAUAAAACUUUUAUCAGGAAGUAUUAAAGUUUACUUGUAAUAUCAAAUCCCUUUAAACAAGGUCUUUAUGGUAGAUUCGACUAGGUACCAACCCAUAUUUCAUCUUGACAAAUGUUUUUACGAUUAUACCUUAUUACUUAUAUUUGCGUUUGUGACUGAUUUUUAUCAAUUUGGGUAUGAUAGAAAUGCUUCUUAAAAAUCCCUAUUAAUGG